AAAACAACAAUCCAACCCUUGGAGUUAGAAUCUAUUACAUUUAUUGAAAUAGCUUUAUCAAUUCUUUUGGAGUAUAUCUUAAGGAAAAUGAUUUUCAAAGAACACCCUCUAUCAAAUGCUCAGAUUAUGAAUUUGUGUACUUCUCCCUGCCAAUUUAACUGACUCGUUAGUUUUUAUUUGCCUGAAGUUCCAACCAUGAUUUGAAUUCUUGUUACCAUCUGUUGUCUCCUACAAUUACUAGAAUUUUUAUUUACAUUUGAUUUCAUUUCCUGUAAAUCUUUGAAGAUUUCGUCUCUGCAACUUUUUAUCGAUCAAGUGAUGCACUAAAUAGCUUGAAGACCAACUUAAAUGAUCCUAACAAUGUCCUGCAGAGCUGGGAUCCUACCCUUGUCAACCCGUGCACAUGGUUUCAUGUUACAUGUGACAAUGAUAAUAGUGUAACUCAAGUUCAUCUUCUAGGUGCAUCUUUAUCUGGGCAACUAGUUCCACAGCUGGGACAGCUUAAGAAUUUGCAGUCCUUGGAUCUCUCCAAUAACAAUAUAAGGGGACCAAUUCCUAGUGAACUCGGAAAUUUGGCAAACUUGGUCAGCUUGGAUCUUUAUUUGAAUAGUUUUACAGGUUCUAUUCCAAAGUCACUGGGGAAGCUGUCUAAGUUGUAUCACCUGUAAGUAUUUUUAUCUUAAUUAUUGUGUGCUUGCCUGGAUAUGCUUAGAAUCUUGUGCUUGAUGCAGAUAAUAAAACAUACAUGUUCCAAAGCAAAUUGAAAGGAACUUAGAGAACUGAAGGAGCUUUAAGUUCAACCUUUUAAUGCAUUUUGCACUGUUACAUUUCUUAGGCACUCAUUCUCACCGACACACCCAAAAACACAUUGAUUGGUUUAGUUCUUAACUUGUCUCAUUGUCACAAUGUUUGUGAAAGGAUAGUCGGCUUAACAACAACAACUUGACGGGUCCCAUUCCAAUGUCAUUAACCAAUAUCUUGUCGCUUCAAGUAUUGGAUCUGUCUAAUAAUCGUCUUUCUGGAGAGGUUCCAGACAAUGGCUCCUUUUUACUGUUCCAUCACGACAGUUUUGCUAAUAACUUGGACCUAUGUGGCCCUGUUAUUGGGCGCCCUUGCCCAGCCCCAAUUUCUUCUUCAAGUAAUCUUCCUAAUUUCACAACGUUGAACUCGUGUUAAAUGCUUAUAUCAUUUCUGUGCUCCAAGUAGUAUCCAUCAUCCACAGCAUGAUUUGUCAAAUGACUCGCACCUUGUCCCAUUAUUUGGUCUUAAUAAUUUUUAUCUGUGGAGGACAAGUUAUUCAAAGUUUUGCUUAAUAAUUUUUCCAUCAUAUCAAAUUUAGCAAUUGUUGGAGCAAUCUCUGGUGGUGCUGCCUUGCUUUUUAUUGUCCUAGCAAUUGCAUUUGCAUGGUGGCGAUGGAGGAAACCUCAAGAACUUAUCUAUGAUGUACCCGGUUAGUUUUCUUUGGAAAUUCAAUGCAUUCAAGUUCAAUUAAAACAUGGAAACUAACUACCUUCAUCACACAUUUCCGCCUCUAUGCGGAUGAAGGGGAUCCAGAAGUCCAUCUGGGGCAGCUUAAAAGGUUUUUGCUGCGAGAAUUACAAGCUGCUACAGAUAAUUUUAGCACAAAAAACAUUCUGGGUAGAGGUGGAUUUGGAAAAGUUUACAAAGGAUGCUUAGCAGAUGGUUCACUUGUGGCUAUAAAAAGACUAAAAGAUGCGCAUACACCUGGUGGUGAGCUGCAGUUUCAAACAGAAGUGGAAAUGAUCGGCAGGGCUGUGCACCCAAAUCUCUUAAGGCUGCGAGGCUUUUGUAUGACUCCAAAAGAACGAUUACUUGUAUACCCCUAUAUGGCUAAUGGAAGUGUAGCAUUAUGUUUAAGAGAGCAUCCUCCAUCGCAACCUCCUCUUGAUUGGCCAAGUAGGAAGCGAAUUGCAUUGGGAUCUGCUAGGGGUCUGUCAUAUUUGCAUGAUCACUGUGACCCAAAGAUCAUUCAUCGUGAUGUGAAAGCUGCAAAUAUCUUGUUGGAUGAGGAGUUUGAAGCUGUUGUUGGGGACUUUGGGUUGGCUAAACUAAUGGACUACAAGGAUACCCAUGUAACUACUGCUGUGCGUGGCACAGUUGGACAUAUUGCUCCAGAGUACAUCUCUACUGGGAAAUCUUCGGAGAAAACUGAUGUUUUUGGAUAUGGGAUUUUGCUUCUAGAACUUAUAACUGGGCAGCGGGCCUUUGAUGUUGCUCGGCUUGCAAAUGACAAUGAUGUCAUGUUGCUUGAUUGGAUGCUCGUCUAAUAAUGACUUAGAAUAACAAGGAUGCUUCCAAAAAGGUUAUUCCUUGAUAUGAGGAUGGUUACUUUCUUCUUCUUCUUCUUUUUAAUCUGUCCAUCUAUAUAAAUAGAAAAUAAAUUAUAAUCUUAAUG